AUGAAGUUAAAUACACCAACACCUCCAAAUCCCAGCCUACCAUCAUCAAGCAGCCGCAAAUCAAAAAUCAUACCAACACCACCAAGCAGCAGCAGCAAAUCCCCUACAACAACAACAACAACAACCACAACCACCGCCCCCAAACAAAAACGCCGCUCCGUCCUAGCCUCCCUCAAGGAGUGGGUGAGCACGAGCGAGCCCUCCGCAGAAGCAUGGAAGAAGCACACGCGCGACGCGCACAAGAGCGCCGGGGUCUCACGUAAGGACCCUCGCGCCACGGCGAAGCUGCACAUCCCCGCCGCCCGCAUCCCCGAGGACGCCAUCCGGCCGUCCGGGGGCGGACCCGACCCGGAGGAGCUGGUGAUGCGCCGGGCCGAGGAGGCCAGGGCCGCGUUUGCGAGCUCGCUGGGGUCUUCGGGGUUGGCGCUGCACAGGUUUGGGUCCAGGACGUCGAAUGCGGGCUCGUCGCACUCGACAGAGUCGUAUGCUAGUACGCUUGGGACGCUGUUUGAUAAGCCUGAGUGA